ACAUAAUGAAGCAAUACAAAAUGAUCGAAUUCCACAAUCGACACAACAUAAAGAUAAACAGCAUGAUAGUACAGUAAAAAAGUCAAUAAAACGUAAAAGAAAUGAAACAUCAUCGAAUGCAAUUGAUAAAUCUUUAAGUCAAUUAUCUAUUUCUCAACCAUCACCAAAAAAACAAAAGAUGGCAACUAAUGAAAUUGAACAAGUAAUAACAAAUGGAACAUCAGAAACGAAACAUUCAAAAUCUAAAAAACAAAUUAAUCAUAAUAAUGACUAUUCUUAUAUACCUAAUUAUUUAAAAGUAUCAAAUCGUAUAUUUAAAAAAAUGUUAAUUAAUUCAUUAGAAGAUGCUAAGGAAAUUGUUAAAAAAUUAAAUUCAAAAGAUAAAAUUAAGUAUAUUCGUCAAUAUACUUAUUUAAUUCAUCGUCUAUUCUACGUACAAUUGCAAGAAAGUCAAUGGAAAUAUUAUUAUGAUAUUGGUAUACAAGAAAAUAUCUGGUCAGGACGUGUAUAA